UACUAAAAUCUAUUCUUCCGAUGAGUAAUUUUAAGCAUGACUAUGAGUAACUUGGUUUUAGCGUUAGCGAUAUCUUUUUUGACUUUUCCAAAGCGCAUGCCACUGUUGUUGUUGUUGCCGUUUUCCGUUUUACUGAUGUUAGCAACAGAAUCAAAUGAUAUUUAAUUUUUACGUUUAAUGUUAUGCCAAACUGUUUGGUGAAAUGGAUGCAGUGCGCCAAGACCUGGGUGACGAGCUAAUCAUGAAAUUGAAUGAUGAACAGAUAAACACUGUAGAAACGUUCCUUCUACUGACUCAGGACAUGGUUAUGCGUGAUCUCGGAUUAAAACUUGGCUCAUGGUUACGGAUAGACAGAGCUCAGCAGGCAUUGCGAAGUGAAGGUUGCUCGACGACUCCUCUGCAGGAUUCAACCAAUAAGAAACGACACACAAUGGAUGAGGACAUUCAAAUAAGUCCUUCAGAAAUCAAGGGUAUCCUUGAAUCGGAGCUAAGCUGCCAGAAAUUGUUGUACGGGAAGCUUGCAGAAGGGCGAGCGCUUCAGAAAAACGAGAAAAAUCUAAUCUGCCGUACAAUUUGUCCCAAAGUAUUCAACAGUGCGAUGAAAACUGGAAGAAAGAUCACUCCUAACGAGAAACAAAAGUUGGCGAAAGCCAUCGUUGAAGCUUUCGAUUGUCUGAAAUGCGAUACUCCGGGGAAACCAGUUGAAGCCGAAUUCUUUUGGAAAUGUAACGGCGAAGAUAAAGGAUCUCACACUGGAUUUAUUCAAAAUUGGAUCCGAAACUACAAAUCAAAAUCAAACCCAGCUAAGCGGAUUCGUCAGCAGAAAUUAAAGUUAUCUGAUGAAGAAGUUAACGCUUGCGAGGAACUAUGCGCUACAGAGUUCACCCCAGAAUUAUAUCCACGUGUAAUGCAGCUACUGACAACAACUUUCCGGUACAGGCAAUCGAUAAGAGCCUCUAACAAAUCAAGUUCUGAAAUUUUGUCCGAAUUUCCAUGUUUAUUGGAUGAAGACGCGAUCCAUCAGGAAUUUGAGCUCAUGUUUCCAAACCAGCAAAACGCAACAAGCUUCGAGUCCAUUAUUCCGUUGUGUUUAAUGCUCAAGCAUGAAUUCGAUGAAAUUGCGAAUGAUGGAAUUCGAGCUUUAGCUAAAAUUUCCUCUGAGCUUACACAACAAGGCGCACGUAAAUCAGACCCAGAAGAUCUACCACCGAUUGAGGACUUCUUAUCAGUUUUUGUCCGAUGGCGUCAGGAGGACAAAAAUUUGGACUACUUCUUAACUAAUUUGGUUGACACAGCGCCUUAUGUCUUCUGUGACACUUUCUCUUUCGCAGAGGGUGUAUACUAUGCGAUAAUCAACGGUACAGCUUUGCAUAUCGGGCAUAGUUUUCUCCCGGCUUUGGAUGUCGUACUUAAGUCGUAUAAGAUCUUCAACUAUCCAGUUCCAUCCAAAGCAAAGAAAGUUCUCAGUUUCUUUGAUAUACUUGUUUACGAUGUAUGUAAAUUUAGCCGCGCUGCUUCUGUUAAUAAUUUAUGCGAAAAAAUACGGAAAUCAAUAAGGCCGGCAUCCUCAUAAGAAUGUUUGACAGGUUCGAUUUAUGUUUUACGUUCCAUUUUAUACUACAAGAAUGGUUUCAAUAAAAAAAACCAUACAUCAUAAAAAAGCAGUUUUUUCCUUGAAAAAGAGCUUGAAACAAUGAUUAGA